AUGGCUGGUGCUUUAGAAAACGCCCGUAAGGAGAUCAAACGUCUUUCCUUAGAUGAUGCCGCCGAAUCCCUGUACGGACAAAUCUUCUCUGUUUCUGGUCCUGUCAUUGUGGCCGAAAACAUGAUUGGAUGUGCCAUGUACGAGUUGGUAAAGGUUGGACAUGAUAAUUUGGUUGGUGAGGUUAUUCGUAUUAAUGGUGACAAGGCCACCAUCCAGGUCUACGAAGAAACUGCCGGUGUUACUGUCGGGGACCCCGUAUUGAGAACCGGAAAGCCGUUGUCGGUGGAAUUGGGUCCUGGAUUGGUGGAAACUAUUUACGAUGGAAUUCAACGUCCUUUGAAGGCCAUUAAGGAUAUUUCUCAGUCCAUUUACAUCCCAAGAGGUAUUGAUGCUCCUUCUUUGUCGAGAACCGUUGAGUACGACUUCAAGCCUGCUAACGUUAAGGUCGGUGACCACGUGACUGGCGGUGACAUUUUUGGAUCUGUGUUUGAAAACUCAUUGUUGGAUAACCAUCCAAUCUUAGUGCCUCCAAGAGCUAAAGGUACGGUUACUCAUGUGGCCGAAGCCGGCUCCUACAAGGUUGAUGAACCAUUAUUGGAAGUUGAGUUUGACGGCAAGAAACACUCCUACUCGAUGAUGCACACCUGGCCUGUCAGAGUCCCCAGACCUGUGGCCGAAAAAUUGAAGGCUGAUUACCCGUUAUUGACUGGUCAGAGAGUCUUGGAUGCUUUGUUCCCAUGUGUUCAAGGUGGUACUACUUGUAUUCCCGGGGCCUUUGGGUGUGGUAAGACGGUUAUCUCCCAAUCUUUAUCAAAGUUUUCUAACUCCGAUGUUAUCGUCUAUGUUGGUUGUGGUGAACGUGGUAAUGAGAUGGCUGAAGUGUUGAUGGAAUUCCCAGAAUUAUUCACUGAAAUCAAUGGUAGAAAGGAACCAAUUAUGAAGAGAACCUCUUUGGUGGCCAACACUUCGAACAUGCCGGUAGCAGCUAGAGAAGCCUCCAUUUACACUGGUAUUACCCUUGCUGAAUAUUUCAGAGAUCAAGGUAAGAACGUGUCUAUGAUUGCUGAUUCUUCUUCUCGUUGGGCCGAAGCUUUGAGAGAAAUCUCCGGUAGAUUGGGUGAAAUGCCUGCUGAUCAAGGUUUCCCAGCUUAUUUGGGUUCUAAGUUGGCCUCUUUCUACGAAAGAGCUGGUAAAGCUAUUGCUUUAGGCUCUCCAGACAGAAUUGGUUCUGUGUCCAUUGUUGCUGCUGUUUCCCCAGCCGGUGGUGAUUUCUCCGAUCCAGUCACCACUUCUACUUUGGGUAUUACCCAAGUUUUCUGGGGUUUGGAUAAGAAAUUGGCUCAAAGAAAGCAUUUCCCAUCUAUUAAUACUGCCGUUUCAUACUCCAAGUAUACCGGAAUUUUGGAUAACUAUUAUGAUAAUAACUAUCCCGAAUUCGCUACUUUGAGAGACAGGAUCAGAGAAAUCUUGUCUAAUGCCGAAGAAUUAGAACAAGUUGUUCAAUUGGUUGGUAAGUCUGCAUUAUCUGAUUCAGAUAAGAUUACUUUGGAUGUUGCUACCUUGAUCAAGGAAGACUUCUUGCAACAAAAUGGGUACUCCACUUAUGAUCAGUUUUGUCCAAUUUGGAAGACUUACGAUAUGAUGAGAGCAUUCAUGGCUUACCACGAUGAAGCGCAAAAGGCAGUUGCCAACGGUGGUCAAUGGUCUAAGUUGAGUGAGUCUACUAGUGAUGUUAAGCAUGCUGUUUCUUCCGCUAAGUUCUUUGAACCUUCAAGUGGUGCCGAAGCUGGUGCUAAAGAAUACGGUGACUUGUUGACUAAGAUCUCAGAAAGAUUUGCCGAAGUUUCUGAGUAA